AUGAGCACAAUGACUGACUCUCAGCGGCAGGGUCUUCACCAUCCAUUUCUUUCUCAUCUUAUUGCUCUUCUGUCAGCUUAUGAACUAUGUCCUAUGUCGACUCCACCUCCACGAUAUGAUGGGCCUGCAGAUUGGCAAACAGACACUAUCAUUCGCUCUCUAGAGGCAGUUGCACGCAGAAUGUACACUGCGGAGGAGAUCCUGGCCUCAAUGAAAGCUUCGGAGUGUUGGCAAACAAAUGGGCCAGAGACAAAGAAAGGACGCAGUGUAGGCGACACUCCCAUGUCCUCAUCUUCAUCUUCUCAGAAAGAGACCAACUCAUCUUCUUCCCUCAUGCAGUCCAGUACCAAUGUCAAUGCUUUCGCUCCGUCUUACAGUUCACCAGGACCAACAUCUUGUUUUCAGACCAACUCAAACCUGGCAGCUACUGUAGAAUCAAUCGAUGUCGCCGAUAGCACGAAUGGUUCAAUGUCCUUAUCACUCGAUGAACUUCCAGCUCAUAUUGAUGCUGCAACACUCCUUCAGUCAUUUUCAAACGGAAGCUCGGCCUCGGCACCCCCGACAUCGCAUCUCGAAUGCAUGGCUUGCACAACCUUUGAUGGCUCGCCCAAUGGAUCUCCUCUUGUCGUUCCUCCUAGUCCUCUUGCUGCUGCAACGUUCGAAAGCGGCAUGAGCGCCGUCGAAGAACUAAGGUUACUCAAGGCUCAGGUUUCAGAUGUCGCUCGUGUGUGCAAUGCCGUGGCCAGAGGCGACUUGUCCCAAAAAAUUACGGUUCCCGUGCAGGGUGUGGUCAUGGUUCAAUUGAAGGAUGUCAUAAACACUAUGGUCGACAAAUUGGGACAGUUCGCCAAAGAGGUCACUCGUGUCAGUCAAGAAGUUGUCUUCCGCAGUAAACUCGGUGGACAGGCUCUCGUAUUGGACGUCGAAGGCACACAGUCGCGGAUACACCGCUCCAAUAUCGAUGCCUGUGGCGAAAUCCUUGAUUUGAAGAAUACCGUAAACGGAAUGAAGUCGGUUAUCAAGGCAAGUUGGGUGGUCAAGCGCACAUCCCAGAUGUUCAAGGUGUUUGGUUCGAGUUGGUUCACAUUGUGUGCCCUUUACCGUGUCUUAUUGGCACAGUGGCCUAAUCUGCGUUUCAAGGUCAAUCGGAUGUGUUCAAGCUUGACAGACCAAGUGCGGUCUAUUGCCAACGUCACAGCGGCCGUUGCUAGGGGCGAUUUGACACAGAAGAUUGAGAUCCAGGUCGAAGGCGAGAUGUCAACAUUGAAGGGCACGGUCAACUCCAUGGUAGACCAGCUGAGCGCCUUCGCAUCCGAAGUCACUCGUGUCGCGCUUGAAGUCGGAACGCAAGGUAUAUUGGGUGGUCAGGCUCGCGUAGAAGGUGUGCAGGGUACCUGGGCUGACUUGACACGCAAUGUGAAUAAAAUGGCUAGUAAUUUGACUGACCAAGGAGAAAUGCUAUAUUUGAAGAUGACUGUCAAUUCUAUGGUUGCCCAAUUGUCUACGCUCGCCAACGAAGUCACUCGUGUGUCUCUGGAAGUUGGUAUGGAAGGUAUCUUGGGUGGGCAAGCGUAUGUCCCUGAUGUGCAGGGCAUGUCAGCUAAGAAGCUGAGGUUGACGUUGGCGCUUGCGAAACGCGCCCCACUUGACAAGAUCGCGCCUUUACCUGCUGCGCUUGUUCCAGCCCAUAUCCGGAAGAUUGUACCGACUAUUUAAGGACCCUGUUCCAUAUUUGUGGCAGACGAUCUUGGGAUUGGACUGCAUUAGAUUAUACUAUACGUGUAGGCAUGUCGGUAGAAGUAAUAAUGUUGAGAUUAGACUUCUUGCGACGG